AUGGUCGACUAUUCGGGCAUUAAGUUCGCCAUCGCUGCUAGCAGACGGCACAAAAUGCAGAUUUUCCCUUCCCCAGGUUUGCUGGGAGUUCCUUGGACUGCUGGCGAUACCAGACCACAUAUACCCACCGCUGUCCAUCUUCAAGUCACAGCCUAUAUCUCAUCCUCCACAAGAUAUAACGAAGCUACAAAACACAAGAUGAAGCUCUCAUCCAUCUUCUCGGCCGUUGUCGCCGCCCUUGCUACCACCGUUGUCGCCUCUCCCAUUGCAAAGCGUGACGGAGCUGCUGUCGUCAACUCUGUCAAUACCAUCUCCCAGCAGAUCACCGACCUCGACAACGUCGUCAAGUCCUACACCGGCGGCUUCAUCACCCCUAUCAAGAUCCAGGUCAAGACUAGCAAGUUGACCUCAGGCCUCAAGGAUGCCAUCAAGACCGUCCAGGAGUCCGCCAAGUUCAACGACCAGGAGUCCCAGGCCGUAGCCACUGCAUUCGUCCAGCUCAAACCAAAGAUCGAUGCCGUGCUUGCCUCCCUCAUUAGCAAGCAACCAAUCUUCAAGAAGGGCAUCCUCGGCGUCCCACUUGACUGGCUUGUGAGAAUCAACCUCCAGCAGCAAAAGGACCUUUCGGCCAAGCUGGGAGACGAGACUGUGCUCAAGCUGAACGAGCAGUUUGCCAAGUUGGCUCCCUUGAUCAAUAAUGCCAUUGCCGAGGCUUUUGCUAAGGCGAUUGCUGCUUUCUCUUGA